AUGUACACCUACCUCCAUGUCCGCGCCGACAGCGCUCAUGGGCGCUUCGGUGACGAGCUCACGUUUCGCAAAACAAUCCAAGGCGCACUCGCUCAGUCUUUUGGCGCGAGUGGUGCAGGGACGUACGUUGACGUACUGCGGUUUCGCUGCGCAAGAACAACGACAACGGAACAACAUCACAGCGCAGUUGUUGUCAACGGAUACGCGCAUGAGAACGACGUUGACGACGCCGUGAUCCGCGUGGCGCGUGAUGACGCCCCGAACAUCAAAGCGGCCCUCGCAGCCGCCCCAAUCCGCCUCUCAAUAGUAGACGAAUCGCAUUUCCUCCCGGCGCUGCUUGCCUCCGAACCCCUUCCCCAUCCAGAAGAUUAAAUAUCCACCACUCACCCUACUUCAUGUACUUAGAGCAUUCGAUGGGGGCUACUAGCAGGAUCCGUCCGACUCCACUCCACUCGUCUAAAGGCAUCUGACUGGAUGGAUGGAUGGAUGAUACGGAACGACUUAGAAGACGCCACGCAACUAAAAUAUUGUCC